AUGCCAUCGAACAAUCUGGUGAUCAGCUGGCUGGGGGUUAAGGUUGCGAGGUUGGGGAAGCCCGCGCGGUAUGCGCACGAGGAGGGGCCCCCUCGCUGGGGCUAUAAAACACGGUUGGGAUUCCCUCUCGCCAUCAAACCACCACCGAGACCGUUGAGCACCGAGUCAGCCCUCCAACCAAAGCCUGAGCGAUCUGAAGCCUCUCCUGCUCCCGCCGACUUAGUCGUUUUUUGCUUUUUCCAGCCCAGUGAGACUUGGUGGGAAAACCAGGCAGCAGAACGGCACAUCUAUCCCCUGGACAAACUCCACAAUCUGCAUCUGCUGACAUUCUUGACAAGGGGUCGGUCUCCUCUUUCGAGUCCUUCAGGAAGACUUCUUCUGCCAACAGACGACAACUUUCCGAGUCACAUCCCGUCCGUUGCCAUAGCAACCUUAUCCACCAUGAGCGGCAUCGUCAUCACUCUCAGUCUCCUCGCCUGCAUCCUGGUCAUCUCGGAGGCCUGCAACAGGUCAGCCCAAGGCGGCUUGCCGGCUGGCUACACCCCACCACCCUCGGCUGACGGCGGCUCGUACGGCCCCGGGUCCGGUCCAGUACCGCCGCAUCCCUUCAGGAGGCGCCGAGACGACGACAGUGACAACAACAAUGACGUGCAGCAAUCCCAGGUCGUGACCAGGAUGAUGCAGAAACUCUUUGUCGACUUGGACGUGGACGGCGACGGUAGCGUCUGUGCCGAUGAGUGGGCCAAGCGGGGAGGCAUCGCAGACGACUACACUCAACUCCUGGCCGACUUCGACAGAAAUGGGGACGGCAUACUUUCGUUUGACGAGUUUUUGUCAGCAUCCAAAUCGUGAGAUCUUGCAGCCUGAACAGGGUCUCGAUUUUGGAUCUUCUUAAUACUCUACGACUGUUGCUUGAGCGAAAGCACCCGACGGCCCCGACCUGUGUGAUGCUCUAGAUGUAACUACACUACGUACUGCAAGGUAGUCCGAACGCACGAUUGUCCAAAGACAAAAAUAUUCCUGUACAGUUCGUGUGCUCCUUGCAUUUGAAAAACAAGCUUUUUAAUUAAGCAGGGGAAAAGCCAUCUGAAAAUUUAAGUCUUUGCUUAGAUAUUUUGCUUCAAAUUAUUUAUUGUUAUUCUAACGUUGAAGGUUAUUCCUGUCGGUUUUGCACUUGUUAAGAAUCCGGAUUAAAGUUUUGGUCAUUACAUUAACAUAGAAAGGGAACUCUUCACUUAGUAUAAAAAUCCCCUGCAAUAACCCGAGGACGUACAUGUAACAAGAAAUAAAUUAAGGAAUGCUUUUCUCUGAUUUUUGUUUUGUUUUUAGUUUUCCCUAAUUGGAUGAAUGAAGCUGUUUAUGAUAUUUUUAUAUAAAAAUUAUAUUUUGUGUAAUAUUAAUUUUGCGAAUCUCACCAGUCCUGUAGACUCUUGUUUGGGUGCCCACACUUCUUUCUUGAGUAUACACGACUAAGAUUGUGGCUCAUCCUGCAAACGGAAAUUACAAAAAAAAAGAGAUUGCUUACUGUAAUGGCUUGCCGUAUUUUUGUACCUAUAUGGAAAAACAAACGCCCUUUGUUUCCAUUUCAAACAUAUUGCAGUUAUUCGGACGUCACUUUACGCUGCCACUAGAGGGCGCUCUUUACGAGUCAAGUGCAAAACGAAAAUCUAAUUUGUUCCUGGAGUUAACCCGAGCAGUAAUGCACACCGGCCAUUAAGUCUCGGCACCACUUAGAAAAAAAAAAUAUAGGCAGACAAAUCAAAAUGAGCAUUUGUAAAAUUGGGUCUCCAUGUUUAUUUUGAAUAAAUUCUGUCUCGAAGGAAGGUUCGUUUUACAAUGA